AUGUCGACAUACAAACUUUAUUAUUUUAAUAAUCGUGAUCGUGGUGAAAUAUGUCGUUUAAUAUUUGCUGCAGCUGGUCAAAAAUAUGAAGAUAUUCGUUAUGAAGAUGAUGAAUGGUUAUUACAUAAAGCUGAAAUGCCAUUAGGUGAAAUGCCUGUACUUGAAUUUAAUGCUGGUAGAAAUUAUUUUGAACAAGCCAAAGUCGAUGCUGUCGUUGAUACAAUUGAAGAUUUAAUAACAAAAUUAAUACCAGUUUUCGAUGAACAAGAUGAUGACAAAAGAGAAGAACUUAAAUUUGAUAAUCAUUUACCAUGGGCUGAUUUAUAUUUUUAUAAUUUUCUCGAAACUAUUCUUGGAAUUAAUGAAAAUUGUUUAGAUAAUUAUCCAUCAUUAAAACAAAAUCGAGAAGAAGUUGAAAAACAGCCAAAAAUUGCAGAAUAUCUUAAAAAUCGACCUAAAACAUCAAUUUAA